AUGCGACAACACGUACUUUUGGCGCUUGUCGUCGCCACAGCAUACAGUAGAAUCCUUGCUGACGUAACCAAAUGCGGUGCAGAGUGCCAGGAAGAAGCGCAAUUCACCGAAAAAACCCGAAUGGCAUCCGAAAUUUGCCGUCAAGAAGAUUUGGGAGUUGCGAAACGGUGCCUAGAAAAGGAUGAGGAAGAGCCCGUCAACAGGUGCCUGACGGAAUGCGGGAUGAAAGUCGAUGAAACGAAAGCAUUCCGCCUCGACGGGAAUCCCGCUUCCCCCAUCAAUCCUGGAGCUGAGAUGGAUCAGCUCGGAUCCAGCUGCCGGCAACACAUCUGCGUCCUCCAGUGUUCCACCCGACUCCUAAGCACAACUUGCCCGGCUGCUGGUCAGCUCUUCAAGGAUCUCCUCAAAUUCCAGAUCAACAACGGUGUCCAGGGCCUGGAGCCGGAAAAAACCAAGGCCUUCUUCACCUCCCUGCCCGAAGAGUGCAAUUUCGUGAAGAGCACCGACGACUUGGAGAAGCUGAUCUCUGUCGAUAUUUCGAAGGUGACGGCACCGGCCAACUUGGAGGAGAAAUUCGAGUCGAGCACAAUCCAGGUGAAUGUUGAUGAGGAGACAUCCAAGUUCGAAAAAGCCGAAGAGGAAGAGAAGAAGGAUGGCACAAAAACGGAUUCUGAUGAAUUCACGCUAUCUGAAGCGCUGGACAGCGUCGAGUCGACGAAGACCGACGGAGAGAAGUCCCUCGUCAGCUCGGAGGACGAGACGGAGAUCCCACGAGUUGUCGUCAGCUCUUCUGAAGUUCCGGCCAUCGACGAGGAGGCGAUUGCCGCUCGAUUUGACGCUAUGAAUAAGGACCGAAAACCCGAUGAGCCGCUCUUCUUGGCAAGCCGGGACGCGAAGCCAGAGGAGGAACCUGUUGACGAGGCUACAACUCACGCCUUCCAGCCUGAAGACGACUUUGUGCCUUUUGGAACUCCCGGAAAUGCCACUGAGGAUGCGGCUGAGGUGGCCACAGAAAACCCAGCUGUUGCUCAAACGGAGGAAGACGUCAAGAUCGUUAACCAGCCAACCACGCCUGCGGAGAAGCCUCUCCAAAUCGAUGGGGACACCGAGUCGGAGGAGGUCACCGCCAAGAUGGAGGUGAUCAGCAGCGAGGAAACGGAAGAGGCCCCGGUUACUGUGAAGCCUGAAAAGACCACAUCCGAGGACGAUCGCUCCAUCCAGUCCGGUUUGGCCGGAAUGGAGCAUUCCGGAGAGGUAGAGAAGAACGCUACUGAAGCAAAGGAAGAAGAGAAGAAGGAGGAAGCCACCACAGAGCCGAUGCUCGUCGUGAAUGCUCAGGAGGAGGAGCAAAAGCCGGCUGAAGAAGCUUCGGUGACCGCUGAAGUUAUCACUCAAAGCCCCGAGCCGGUGAGCUCAUCGAACGGACUUUCCCUUGGCGUCGUCACCCUCAUCUCGGCUCUCAUGCUCGCCUUC